GUUGAUAGCCUAGAUUAGAAUAUAGAUAAAUGCUAGGAAUCUUAUAACGAAAUCCCGCUAAGUGAUGGUAUGGGGAAGACGGGAACCGGAACCAGUACCCGGCCCAGAGGCGCCGCAGACUUCCAAAGGAAGAAAAAAACUAAAUCUUCUGAAGAAAAAGUCCCCCGAAACAGUCAGAGAACAGUCAUCCAUCAACAAUUUUGGCCUCUACAAGGCCACCUUCUGCAGCAACAUAGGAUCCUUUCUUUUCGGCAUUGCCUUAGGCUGGUCGGGAUCGGUGCAGAGUUCGGUAAUAGAACAGAGCUUCUAUGAUUUCCAACUAUCGGACACCGACUGGAACCUGAUUUGCUUAUUGCUUAUCCUGGGAGCAGCACUCUGGUGUGUGCCGGCGGGAUUCUUGGUUCGAUACAUUGGCUGCAGGCGAACCAUCCUCCUCCAGCUGCUGCCAAAUACCGUUGGAUGGUUCCUUACCAUCUUUGCCAAAAGUGUGUCCAUGGUCUAUGCCGGUCGUUUCUUCCUGGGCAUGUGCGGCGGUGCCCACUGCGUGGCUGUUCCCAUUUACAGCGCCGAAAUCAGUACCAUCAAGAAACGCGGCGCCAUGGGUGUGCUAUUCCAUGGGUCCUGUCUUUUCGGUGUGAUAUACAGCUUCACGAUGAACCUCUUCCUCGACGUGUGGAUUGCAAACCUCCUGAAUCUGGGUCUUGUUACAUUGGCUCUGCUGCAAAUACUGAUGCCAGAGUCACCGGCCUACUAUGUAGAUCGUGGGAAUAUUCCCCAGGCGGAGGCAUCCCUUCGCUAUCUGCGGGGCAAACACUAUGAUACAAGGCGCGAGCUGGACAAUCUGAUGCUGGAACCCACGCCAAGUGAGCAGGACGUGCGCCAAGGUCCGAUGCGAGGCUUCAAGUACAAGAAGGUACGAAGAAGCUUGUCGCGGGCCUUGGUGCUCGCCGUGCUCCAAAAACUGCGUGGCGCCAUGAUCUUCGUCUUCUAUACCCCAAGUGUCCUGGAAUGCUUGAAAAUGCAACGCUGCAUUGGAAUCCUCCUCUGCGUGGCAGUAUUCAUUGGUUUUGCCAUUUGUUUUCUCCUGGUGGAUCGAGUUGGUAGAAGGCCGCUGCUCAUCAUCUCCUCGGCCAUAAACUUCUUUGUGAGCGUUUUCCUGGGAUUGUACUUCCAGAUAUGGCUACCCAUGGAAACGGUUGUCCUUCCCUGGAUUGCCCUCUUGUGUAUCGGUCUUUUUGUCGGUAGCUAUGCCUCAGGAGUGGGCACCCUUACGUGGCUGCUCAAUGUGGAGCUCCUUGUUAGGAACAUGAGACCUGUGGGUUGUGCCAUCAUCGCAGCCUCAAACUGGACGACUGCCUUCGUCGUCAUCUUAUGGUUCUCCAGCCACACGAUGAGCUGCCAGCCGUAUAUAUUCCUCCUGUUCGCCAUCAUCGCCUUGAUUAUCCUGCUCUACACGCUGGUCUAUAUACCGGAGACCAUGAAUCUGUCCUCGUCGAAGAUCCAGCAGAGGCUGGGCGGUAUUAUGAACAGUCCGAACAUUGUAACCAUCACAUCUAGCAGCGACUCAUCGCUUGCUUAGUCAUCGUGAAUGCAUAUGGAGAUCAGGUAUUAGUCACAGUCACAGGUUAAAUUAAUGGUGGUUUUUGUAAAGUAAUUAAUUAGGUGAUGUUGACUUUGGUAGGAUCUUAACUAGUCUGGGUAAAUGUAAUUUAUUUUAGGAGAUAAAAGCCAUUCGCAGUUUCAGGAAAACAUAGAAAUGUUUGCAAAACAUACAAGGAACUAUUCGAAAAUAAUAAAAGCUAAUCAGCAAAGCAAACUGGUGUUAAA